CUCCCAUCUCCGGACGCCCCGGGGGCGGGGGUGGUGGUCAAGGCUCGGGAGAGACGGAAAGUUUCCACCGAGGCCUCCUUCAUCUCGGCAGGAGCGCGUUAGCCCCACGUCUAUAGUUCCUUCUAGAAAGGGGCGUUCCUGGAAGGAGGGUGGUGGGAGCUGGAGCAGAAACAGCUGAAAGAGUUUGCUAGAAAGUGUUUCCCUCUGGGCCGGAGCAGCACCUGGUGCGUCCACACACAGCUGAGGACCCCACGCAUCUGGUCAGCCCAGCCCGGAUGCAGAGGAAGAGGCUGGUGGUUCUGUGAGCAGGCCUGGCAGGGGAGUGGCGUGGGCCCCACGCUGCCCAUGGGGCUGCAGGCCCAGGGGACCCCUCCCCAGCCCCGCCGGCCAGGCUCCCAGAGCCCAGAGACCUAGGCCCACCCACCGGUAUCACCAGGGGACGAUUCCCGGGCCUUGGGCUCUGCUGGGGAGAUGAUGCCGGCCAAGGGGCGCUAUUUCCUCAAUGAGGGCGGAGAGGGCCCGGACCAGACGGCACUGUACGAGAAGUACCGGCUCACCAGCCAGCACGGGCCGCUGCUGCUCACGUUCCUGCUGGUGGCUGUCACUGCCUGUAUUGCCCUCAUUGUCAUCACCUUCGUCUGCGGGGACCCCUCUGGACACCAGGCUUUCCUGGGGAUGGCAUUCUUCACGCUUGCCUUGUUUGUGACUCUCUACGUGCUGGUGUAUAUGGAAUGCCUUGUCCGGCGGUGGCUCAGGACCCUGGCGCUGGUCAUCUGGGUCUGCCUCAUGAUGCUGGGCUACACGCUGGUGUUGGACUCGUGGAUGAAGGAUGCCCCGACCUGGGCGCAGGUGCCCUUUUUCCUGUUCAUCGUCUUCGUGGUGUACACGCUGCUGCCCUUCAGCAUGCGGGGGGCCAUCGUGGCAGGGGGAGUCUCCAGCAUCUCCCACCUCCUGGUGCUUGGAGUUCUGAUGGGGGCCUUCACGAAGCCCAGCGACUGGGUGGUACGGCAGCUGGUGGCCAAUGCUGUCAUUUUCCUGUGUGGGAACCUCACGGGCGCCUUCCACAAGCACCAGAUGCAGGACGCCUCCCGAGAGCUCUUCACCUACACCGUGAAGUGCAUCCAAAUCCGUCGGAAGCUGCGGAUCGAGAAACGUCAGCAGGAGAACCUGCUGCUGUCGGUGCUGCCGGCCCACAUCUCCAUGGGCAUGAAGCUCGCCAUCAUCGAGCGGCUCAAGGAGCGUGGAGACCGCCGCUAUGUGCCCGACAACAACUUCCACAGCCUGUACGUCAAGCGGCACCAGAAUGUCAGCAUCCUUUAUGCCGACAUCGUGGGCUUCACGCGGCUGGCCAGCGACUGCUCCCCCAAAGAGCUGGUGGUGGUGCUGAACGAGCUCUUCGGCAAGUUUGACCAGAUUGCCAAGGCCAACGAGUGUAUGCGGAUCAAGAUCCUGGGUGACUGCUACUAUUGUGUGUCGGGUCUGCCUGUGUCCCUGCCCACCCAUGCCCGGAACUGCGUGAAGAUGGGGCUGGACAUCUGCGAGGCCAUUAAGCAGGUGCGAGAGGCCACAGGUGUGGACAUCAGCAUGCGUGUGGGCAUACACUCGGGGAACGUGCUGUGUGGGGUCAUUGGGCUGCGCAAGUGGCAGUAUGACGUGUGGUCCCAUGACGUGUCCCUGGCCAACAGGAUGGAGGCAGCUGGAGUCCCUGGACGGGUGCACAUCACAGAGGCGACGCUGAAGCACCUGGACAAGGCGUAUGAGGUGGAGGACGGGCACGGGCAGCAGCGGGACCCCUACCUGAAGGAGAUGAACAUUCGCACCUACCUGGUCAUCGACCCCCGGAGCCAGCAGCCGCCCCCGCCCAGCCAGCACCUCCCCAAGCCCAAGGGGGACGCGGCCCUGAAGAUGCGGGCGUCUGUGCGCAUGACCCGCUACCUGGAGUCCUGGGGGGCCGCACGGCCCUUUGCACACCUCAACCACCGUGAGAGCGUGAGCAGCGGCGAGACCCCGGUCCCCAGUGGGCGGAGGCCCAAGACCAUUCCCCUGCGGCGCCACCGGACCCCUGACAGGAGUUCGUCCCCUAAGGGGCGGUCGGAGGAUGACUCGUAUGAUGAGGAGAUGCUGUCGGCCAUCGAGGGGCUGAGCUCCACAAGGCCCUGCUGCUCCAAGUCCGAUGACUUCUCCACCUUCGGGUCCAUCUUCCUGGAGAAGGAUUUCGAGCGAGAGUACCGCCUGGCGCCCAUCCCCCGGGCCCGCCACUAUUUUGCCUGUGCCAGCCUCAUCUUCGUCUGCAUCAUGCUGGUCCAGGUCCUGCUCCUGCGCAGCAGGGCCAUUCUCGGUUUGUCCUUCGGGCUGGUGGCCUGUGUGGUGGCGCUGGUGCUGGGCCUGUGCUUCGCCCAUGAGUUCCUGAGGUGCUGCCCGGCCCGAGGGGUGUUGCAGGCCAUCUCUGAGAGCGUGGAGACCCAGCCCCUGCUGCGCUUGUCCCUGGCCAUCCUGACUAUUGGCAGCCUCCUCAGUGUCGCCAUCGUCAACCUGCUGCUGAUGCCUUUCCUGGUCCCAGAGCUACCUGUGGGCAACCAGACGAGCCCAAGCCCGAUGGAUGCGGGCAACAUGUGUGAGCCCCUCCUGUAUUACACCUGUAGCUGCAUCCUGGCCUUUGUCGCUUGCUCGGUCUUCCUGCGGAUGAGCCUGGAGCUGAAGGUUGUGCUGUUGACCAUGGCCUUGGUGGCCUACCUGGUGCUCUUCAACAUCCACCCCUGCUGGCGGAUGGACUGCUGUGGCCUCAUGGCCAACCUCACCGAGACCAACGGUACCCUCAGCUCCCCACCGUGUGUGUGGAAGGACCCGAAGGUGAUGAUCAAUUUCUACCUGGUUCUGUUCUACGUCACCCUCCUCAUGCUCUCCAGACAGAUUGACUACUACUGCCGCUUGGACUGUUUGUGGAAGACCAAGUUCAAGAAGGAACACGAGGAGUUUGAAACCAUGGAGAAUGUGAACCGCCUUCUUCUGGAGAAUGUCUUGCCUGCCCACGUGGCCGCUCACUUCAUUGGUGACAAGUUAAAUGAGGACUGGUACCAUCAGUCCUAUGACUGCGUGUGUGUCAUGUUCGCGUCCGUGCCGGACUUCAAAGUCUUCUACACGGAGUGCGAUGUCAACAAGGAGGGGCUGGAGUGUCUGCGUCUGCUGAACGAGAUCAUCGCUGACUUCGAUGAGCUGCUCCUGAAGCCCAAGUUCAGCAGCGUGGAGAAGAUCAAGACCAUUGGCAGCACGUACAUGGCAGCUGCAGGGCUCAGCAGCCCCUCAGGGACCGAGAACCAGGACCUGGAGCGGCAGCACGCGCACAUCGGCAUCAUGGUGGAGUUCAGCAUCGCCCUGAUGAGCAAGCUGGAUGGCAUCAACCGGCAUUCCUUCAACUCCUUCCGCCUCCGUGUCGGCAUAAACCACGGGCCCGUGAUUGCGGGAGUGAUCGGGGCACGGAAGCCUCAGUAUGAUAUCUGGGGAAACACGGUCAACGUUGCUAGCCGGAUGGAGAGCACUGGAGAACUUGGCAAGAUCCAGGUUACUGAAGAGACGUGUGCCACCCUCCAGGGAUUAGGUUACUCUUGCGAGUGCCGAGGACUGAUCAACGUCAAAGGCAAAGGCGAGCUGAGGACUUACUUUGUCUGUACAGACACUGCCAAGUUCCAAGGGCUGGGACUGAACUGAGGGCUUCUGGUAGGUGCAGAACAUGCUGGAAGUGGAUUUCCUUCCCCGAGGCAAGCGAAGGGGAGCCCUCAGCCCCAUGCCAGUCAUAAAGGCAUUCCCGGGGUUUGGCUGUCACUACCCCGGCAGAUGGCUGUGUGUGGCUUCCUCGGAUUGUGCUAGAGGAUUUCUGGGAAGGCGCAUCAGACCCCAACCCGAGGCGACCACAGUCUUGCCAUGCAUGGGCAGCCAGGCCUUUCGUGCCAUCUGAGCCUGCAGUGCAGCCUCUGGACUGUGCCGACUGGCUCACUCGUGCGGGUCAGCAGCUCAGUCCCCUCGGUGCUGUGGCCAUCUCCCAUGCGCCGCACGCACCCUGCCUGGCCUGCGAGUGCACAAGCAGGACCUGUCUUUUCUAGGAACAGAACCAGGACAAGCCAUCCAGGAUGGGUUGGGCACUCCUUGCUCCUUAGCCAAUCAGCCGCAGGAUUCUCUAUUUCUCACGCAGGCGUUCCAGGAAAUAGAGCUGAAAAGGCUGUUUUCAAUCUGUGGUUUUAUGCAGUAGGGAGGAAAAACCACAGCGGACACCUGCUGCCUCUUGUCAUCUCAAGCAGGUGUCUGUUUUAAAUGGCUGUAUUAUUAGUGGAGGUUUUAUUCUUUUUAAUGACUUCCUAGAUGCUAGACGAAGUCUCUUCCCUCCAGUGUGCUUUUUAACCCUUGACAUGGCACGAGAACCUACUGUCUAGUGUUCGUUUCUGGAUUGGCCCAGCCGGGGGUGGUGUGGCUCGGAGUGCGGCUCCCGGCAGGAAGGCAAGUGGCGGUAGCCCCGGAAGUCAGGCACCACCCUCCUCUCCCCUCCCCGACCAGUCCGGCCUGCGUGGGUGCUCCCCAGCAGCCUUCCGCGGAAUCUUAGCUUCUGUGGUGGAAAGGAGUGGAGUCUGCAGACAGGAUGCGGGCCACCUGUAGCGCUUCCUUCCUUUUCUUUAGUCCUCACACCUAACUUGAAGAGCCUCAAAAUGAAAAACAUCUACUCCACGUAAGCCUGCAGAGGUUGGCCAUGUGGGAAGCCAGCCUGCUCGGAAAUGCUGGGAUGGUCUUGCUCUGAACCGCAAGGAUCAAGGGCAAAUGUGAAAAGCCAGGUUUGUGAGCUGCGUCUCAGUGCUUCAGCUGUCGAGAAUCACAAGUCAGCCUGAAUUGUUUCAAGGUGAGAAGGAACCGAACCGCCCCCUUUUUGCUGGAUCAGCUUCGCUGCCUCCUCACCAGAGCGUGCCCGGGGUUUCUCCCCCAGCCGCACUCCACUACAGAGCAGAAUUCCCAGCUCGGGGUCCUCUGGGAACCCUGCCAUUCCGGGAAAUCUUGCACAUGGGAGACUUCAAAAGCGGACGCGGGGCUGCAGCCAAGGGCAGGGAGGACUGCAGCUGACCCCGCAGUCUGCUCAGACCCUGGCUGCGGGCUUGUCGUCUCAGAAGGGUCUGCCGGAGGGGCCGGGUGCGCCAGCACCGCGAUGCCUGCGUGUCACUAGAAGAGAGAUGAAUGAGGUACAAGACCUUGCCAUCCGAAGGGAUUUUAUGGCAAAAAUGCUGUUAAGGGGAAUAACCUCAUUUAAAGACUGCUUUUCUGCACCAACUUUUCAUAUAAAGGAAUGGUUUCCGGUGAGUACUGCACUGUGACCCAUACACUUAAAUCGACAGCGACCUGGGCCAUGCAGCAGGGCUCCCCUGAAGAGUUCAGGAAGGUUCUGUCACAGAUACGAUAUGGAUGCACGUAGGAGUGCUGGGGAUCUCUGAGGUGGGCCUACUUCUACUCUGGCAAUAUUUGAGUUACUUUUAUCCUUCAACAACAGAAAUCCAGUCCUGUCUUUUAUUUCCAAUUCAACACGGUGCUCUGAUAAGCACAUUUUGGAAGUUCUGAGUUUCUGAUGUGCCGACCACCAUGUGGGACGGACCCUAAAAAGCACCUGCUGUCACUUUUGUUCAGUGUGUUUUCCAGGGGCUGGGCCCUUUCCUCACAGGCGUCAUUUUGUUUUAUGAUAGGACAAGUACCUUUUCCAACAUUGACCUUUCCUAGGGGCCAUGGGGCGGUGUGAAGAUUUCCUAACAGAAGAUCACUGAGCACAGCAUACAUGGUGUAUAUAAUAGGUCAUGUCUAAAACCAGGUUUUGAGAAGGUACAUAUGAGUAGGAAUUAUUCUGUAUACUAACUAUUUAUAGAUCUUUAACAUUUGUUUCAAAAUGUUAUACUUCAUUUUUAUAAAGUACCAAUGUUUCUACUCUGUUUAGCCUUUCAUAUAUUAAAACAGCAAUUUGGAAAAACAA